UCUAAAAAACACAUAGUUUUCCAAAGAGAGCUAGAGAGAGAGAGAGAUUGGAGGUCUGUUCUGUUUUUUGCUGCUGCCUAGGCAUCAUUGUUCUGUCUGCUUCAAACAGGUUCUGAAGAUGUAGCCCAAGUCCCAUCAUUUUACACAGCUUCUCCAUUUUUUUUUAUAUAAAAACACCCCAUUUUCCCCGAAUAUUUCCUCUAUUAGUAACUCUUUUCUCUUCUUUCCUUUCACUUCACUUUCCCAUGCUGACAUUUUCCUUCCACAAACACCUUUCCUUUUCCUCACUGACACAGCUUCUUCCUCUUCCUUUCCCCACAAAUACCCAACUCCCCAUUCCACUUCUAAUUUCAUCUUCCAUGGCUUCCCUCUCUGUUUUCCUUUUUGCAUUUUUCCUCCUUUCUUCAAACACCUUUGCAACUCAAGAAAUGGACGAGAAAGAGCUUUUGGGGCUAUUUCAAGUUAUGGGUUCUCUCUUAGAUGACCCUUAUUGGUCUCAAGCUCACCCUUUGCCAUGUUCAGACACUCCAUGGCCUGGUGUUAAAUGUGAAAUUGGUCAAUCCCCUCCUUUCUUUCAAGUCACUAAGAUUCAUAUUGGCCCUGAUAUUCUAGACCCACCUUGCAAAAUAUCUGCUAAUUUAUCCCAUUCCUUACUUAACCUCCCUUACUUGAAAUCACUUUCAAUCUUCAACUGUUUUACAUCUUCAUCAGUUGCUCUGUUUCCUGCUCUGUUUGAUUCAUUGUCUUAUUUGGAGCAUGUGGCUCUUCAAUCCAAUCCAUCUCUUUCUGGGGAAAUCCCUUCAAAUUUGGGAAAUGCAGCAAGUUUAAGAGUUCUAAGUCUCUCUCAGAACAAUCUAAAUGGGGAGAUUCCAAAAUCCAUUGGUGGGUUGGUGUGUUUGGAACAGCUUGAUCUUAGUUACAACAAGUUAAGUGGUGAAGUUCCUCAAUCCAUUGGUGGGUUGAAAAGUUUGAGCAUUUUGGACCUCAGUUGGAAUGCACUUGAAGGUGAGUUACCUUCUUCUUUAGGACAAUUGCAACUCCUCCAAAAGAUUGAUUUGGGCUCAAAUCAACUUAAGGGGAAGAUACCCUUAAAUUUAGGGAUGUUGAAGAAGUUAGUCUUGCUUGACUUGAGCCACAACUUCAUAAAUGGGCCAAUCCCUCAAUCAUUUGGAGGGUUAAAGAAUUUGGAGUAUUUGAUAUUAGAUCACAAUCCUUUGAAUUCUGUGGUGCCAUUGUUUAUUGGAAGCCUUGAGAAGCUGACAUCAAUAAGCCUAUCAGAAUGUGGAAUUGAAGGUCCAAUUCCCACUUCACUCUCUUCUUUGAAAACCCUCACUGCUCUGUCUUUAGCCAACAACAAUCUAAGUGGGGGAAUUCCAAAAGAAUUGGGGAAACUCCCAAACUUGGAUCUGUUAAACUUGAGCCACAAUCAAUUAAGUGGAGAGCUUUCUUUUUCAAAUGGGUUUGUGAAAAAACUUGGGAAAAGAUUGGAUUUAAGAGGGAAUUAUGGGCUGUGUUCAAGAGAAAGGAUUGAGAAGAGGAAUAAUAUCUCAGUUCAUUCUGAUGAAACACCAUAUUGUUUGAAUAGUAGCAGUGGAGAAAGAAAUGAGAGUGAAGAAAAUUGUAAGAACAUACAACCAGCUUGGAACCAAUGGGAACAUAACAGCUCUACAAGUACUACUAGUUAGGACAAAAAUCUCUUGCUUGCUUUUUGUGCUUUUGUUGUUGAAGCUGUUUUGUGUUCUUGUUUGUUGUAGGUUAAACUGAAAACUACUUUCUUAUUACUUAGUCUUGUUUCUGUAAUAUGUGUUCUGAUGAUUCACUUGAAAAGCUGUUGGUUAGUUGGUUGGUGUGUCUGAAACUGAGCUCAUUUAUUCCAUCAGUCAUUUCUAUAUGGUUAAAGUAAGACAAAGUUGAUGCAGAGUUUGGCUUGACAUGACAUGAAGUUAAAUUAAUGAUCUCCAUGCAAACAUAAGGUCAUUUUUUAAACAAAAUU